ACUUCCCAUACUCUGACUCCUCGUGACCAUGAAGAAAGACUCUUUGAAGAUAAGUCCUGCAAGAGUGUCUGACUGCUGAUGUAUGUGUUAAAAUGAAUGGAAAGUCUGGAUGUUCAAGUUUGUUUUGUAUAGCAGUAGGACCCUGAGGACUUGCCAGAAAUACAGCAAAAAAGUGAGGUUUAUCUAGAAAGACCCAUAUUGAAAAGCAUGAUUUUAGAUGCUGACUUUGACUUUACAAAAAAGAAAAGACCCUUGGCACUUGACAGGAAAAUUCAAUUGUUCCUGAUGUCAAAUCCCAGAGACUCCCACUAUAAAUGAGAGGUUGGGCACUUGGAAAGAGUUUUACUCUGAAGUUUACUAACCUUUCUCUCUGACGGACAGUACAAUUUUUGGAAGAAAUGAGCGCUUCGGUGGCUGUGUACAGAAACAUAUACACCGAGGAUCGAUUCAAACAGGCGUAUGGUACAGAGGAGCAGUCGAGAGGCAGACAGCGGUUACGCGACAGACUCGCGCACAUCUGCAGCUGCACGCAGGUGAACUGCGCACACCUGCUCAAGAAAAGACUGCCCGUCUGCAACUGGCUGCCCAAAUACAAGCUCAAGAAAUGGAUUUUAGGAGAUAUCGUGGCGGGACUGACUGUUGGAAUACUGCACAUUCCCCAAGGAAUGGCCUUUGCUCUGUUGACCUCAGUGGCUCCUGUCUAUGGCCUUUACACGUCCUUCUUUCCUGUGGUGCUUUAUAUGAUCUUCGGCACCGGUCGCCACGUUUCUACAGGUACCUUUGCAGUAGUGAGUUUAAUGACGGGCUCAGUUGUGGAGCAACUGGUUCCCACUCCACUCGCCCUAAACUCCAGUAGCCCAGAGGCUGCAGAGAUUGAAGCCCAGAGAAUUGGUGUGGCUUCAGCUGUAGCGUUUCUCUCAGGGAUAAUGAUGCUCUGCAUGUGUGGACUUCAGUUAGGUUUUCUUUCAACGUACCUCUCAGAACCGAUUGUAAAGGCAUUUACAAGUGCAGCCGCUUUCCAUGUGACCGUCUCACAGCUGCAGAGCAUGCUGGGAUUACGGCUACCUCGAUACACUGGUGCCUUCUCUCUUUUCAAGACUCUGGGUUCAGUGAUGGAGAACUUGCCUCACACCAAUGUGGCUGAACUGGUGAUCUCUCUGCUAUGCUUGGCCAUACUGGUACCAGUAAAGGAGGUAAAUUCACGGUUUCGCGAACGCCUUCGUACUCCUAUCCCAGUGGAGAUCAUCACUGUAAUAAUUGCAACAGGAGUUACAUACGCCUCCUCUCUGGAUUCCAGAUACAACAUACAGAUUGUUGGACAUAUUCCAGCAGGGUUCCCUUCACCAAAAGUGCCUUCACUGGAGACGAUUCCAGAAAUAGCAGGUGACACGGUCGCUAUCACCCUUGUUGGUUAUGCCGUGUCUGUAUCUCUAGCCAUGAUUUAUGCCGAUAAACACGGAUACUCCAUUGAUCCAAAUCAGGAGCUUCUAGCUCAUGGAAUCUCCAACACCGUCUCAUCUCUCUUCACCUGCUUCCCCAGUUCAGCUACACUGGCUACCACCAACAUCCUGGAGAGCGCUGGAGGUUUCACACAGCUUGCUGGACUGUUCACAAGUCUGAUCGUUCUUAUUGUACUUCUUCUGAUAGGCCCUCUCUUCUACUUUUUACCCAAGGCAGUGCUUGCUUGUAUAAACGUGACCAGUCUGAGACAGAUGUUCCUGCUUUUUCAAGACCUACCAGACCUUUGGAGAAUUAGCAGAAUUGAUUUUAUGGUGUGGCUUGUGACCUGGACGUCGGUAGUUGUGCUAAAUGUAGACAUGGGCUUGGCCAUUGGAGUCAUAUUCUCAAUGAUGUCCGUUAUCUGUCGUACACAGAGGGCCAACUGCUCUGUACUGGGCAGAGCUGCCAACACAGAGAUCUACAGAUCUAUUCACAACCACAAUAAAUGCUAUGAAGUCCCUGGUUUGAAGAUCUUGACCUACAACGGGCCAAUCUACUACGGGAAUCGUAGCUUUUUCAAGUCAGAUAUUACUGAGAUUCUGGGCCUCACCCCUGAGAGGAUACGGAGACGAGAGAAAGCCAUGAAAGCGAUAGAGAAGAGAGAGAGAGAGGGAGAGGCCAUCAGUACUGUAGAACAAGGAGUUGCAGACAGUUCAUUUUCUUCAAAGAAUGAUUUAUUCAGAUCAGAGAUGGCUGAUGGAGAAGUCCAGGCCGUGUUAAUCGACUGCAGUAGUGUCAUUUUCGUGGAUGUUGCUGGUGCUCGAUUGUUCAUACAGAUGUGCAUGGAGUGUCAGAAGAUUGGGGUACGGAUAUACCUUUCGAACUGCAAUGAGAGUGUACUGAAGAUUUUGACAUCCAGUGGGCUUAUGAACUACAUUAAUCCUCAGCAUAUUUUCGUUACGAUCCAUGAUGCAGUGGUCUACAUACAGCAGCAGCGGGAGAAACCUCUAGACAACAAUGCAACAGUUUGGGUUUGAGUAUCUUACACAACCAGACAUUCAAGUUCCUAGUCUGGAAAAAGCAGGACCGGUGGAGCUUAAAGUCAUUCAAAUCACAAACAUGAUUUACUUAUUCAGACUCAACAUCUUGUAUGUACUUUCAGGAUGCAUGUCAGGGCCUAAAAAAAUUGACUUUACAUUUGCAAUAUUAAGCCUGAUGUUACAGUACAUGCCAUGAGAUUCAUUGUACAGUUUCCAAUCACACAGUGCCUGUUUUUUUACUUGUACUCUUUUCAUAAUGGUUUGCACUGCUGUGGCCAUUCUGUUAACAGGACACCCAGCAAAUCACACACCCACAAACUUUAUGUUGCGGUUUCCCGGACAGGGAUUAGACUAGUCCUAGACAAAAAUAAAUGUAAGAGCUGUCCAAACUGAAAACAACUUGCACUGACAUAUCUUAAAAUACAUCAGUGCCCUUUGUUUUGCCUCAAAAUGCACACAAGUAAUUUUUUUAGUAAGGCAUGUUUGUUAAAACUAGUUAUAUUUCAUAAUUAAACUAAUGUCUAGUCCUGGCUUAAGCUCAUCCCUAUCCGGGAAACCACCCCCAAAUGCAGUGUUAACAAUGGUGCAGGCACUGGAAUCUCAAUGUUUGCAAAAAUUAUUUUGCAACUGAUCAAAACUUUAGAUAACUAGGAAUGGUGGAAAAUAUUUUCAAUGUAUCAAAAAUACUUAUUUUAGUUUUACUUUUUUCUGUUUUCCUAUGUGCACUGAGUGACAUAAAGUGGUAUUGUAAUGGAAAUGGAUGUUAUAUGCUUACAAUGUUGCCUAUUUUUACACAAUUUUAGAAAACUCAUGCUGUACGUUAUUAAACUGUAAAUUCGUGAGCUAUUUAUAUUAUUUAUGCAAUAGUCACAUUGUUAUUAAACUAUUGUUAACCAUUGCAGUAUCAUGUGUAGAAUAUAUUUGUUUCUGUUUAUUUUAAAAGAAAGUUUUCUUUUCCACAGGACAGUUCAUUUCCCAGAUCACCUGAAUAAAUCUUAGAUCAAGAAAAUGUAUUUUCAUUUAAUAUCAACUCGUCUAAAAGUCAUUUUUUUGUGUCAUAUUGUAAACUCAUCCUAAUGUAAAGAACAUAGUCAAUUUUAAAGAUAUCAAAAUGAUAUUUUCAGAGUAAGGUCAUGUCAAAGAUUAAAAUGAUUGUGAAAUCAAUGAUUUAGCCUGGAUUUUAUAAACCGGAUCAAAUAUUAGCUACAAAACUGACACCAAAUUAUUCCAAUUCAUAAAGGUGUGAAUUAGAAUGGCAUGCAAUAAUGAUGCAGAUAAUAUGUGGUAUUUUAUAGUAUUUUUAAUAUAGUGCCCAAUAAAACUGAUGGCAUCUUUGUUCAGCCACAUUUAAUAUUUUUAUACUAGAUGCAAAAUCAUAACUACAGUCUUCACUGAUCAUAAUUGCAUGUUUGUCUGCUGUCUGAGGUGUUAGGUUUUACUCAAAAUUCAAAAACUUAAACUUGCUUAACAAUAAUUACAAUAAAAUUGAAGGAAUUGAAAAUUAAAUAAAUGUUUUACAAACAAGAAAUUUGGUCAGCAUACUUUAUUGAACAGUUGUACAGUAUAUGAAAAAGUUGGUUUACUAUCUCUGGUGGAACAAAUAAUAAAAUCACACUAUGUACAAAUAAAAAAAAGAUGUACAAAUAAUUUAAAAAAUGUAUGCUAAAUGUAGCGUUUC